UGAAAUCCCUCCCCCACUUCUCUCCUCUCUCUCCUGUUCUCUCUACUCUCGCUCUCUACGAGUGCACAGGGACAGUCGACGUCGCCAAUGGAGGACGCUCGGAUCCAGAACGCGGACCCAGAAACGGCGUUUCUGGCCUCGAAACGGCAGACCGGCAACGAAUGGGAGCUGUUCAAGGAGAACGUGAGGCCCCUGAAGAGGGGUCGCAACGUCAACCUCCUCAACGACUCCCUCAAGUCCCACACCGACAAUCACCUCAAGAAAUCCCUCCUCGACAAGCGAAGGAAGUUGAUCGAGGCGAUCGAUGAUUACAAAGGGGACGAUCCUCUGCAAUCGUGGCUUGAGUGUAUCAAGUGGGUUCAAGAGGCAUUUCCACCAGGUGGCGACUGCUCAGGACUACUUGUGAUAUAUGAGCAAUGUGUUCGUGCCUUUUGGCAUUCGGACCGCUACAGAGAUGAUCUCCGCUAUCUUAAAGUCUGGCUGGAAUAUGCUGACAACUGCCGUGAUGCAGAAGUUAUAUACAACUUUCUGGAUGCCAAUGAGAUUGGGAAGCCACAUUCUCUGUUCUAUAUAUCUUAUGCUUUGCACAUGGAAGCCAAGAAUAAGAUGAAAACGGCUAAUGAAAUUUUUAAUCUCGGGAUAUCGAGGAAUGCUCAACCGAUUAAAAAGUUGGAGGAUGCUUACAGAAAGUUUUUGGCACGCUCAAUGAGAAGACCGUUAGCUAUAGAUGAGGAAAAAGCAGAGAAUGGGCUGCCCGCACGAAGUUUUGGAACUGUCCUGGCAAAAGGAGAAAAGACAAGGCAGGCUACAUUGAGUUCCGAUCUUGCCAGCAGGAAGCAGAAGCCUGAGAGGGUUCCAUUGGCCAUUUGUAAGGAUACAAAUGUCGAUAAGUCCUCGAGUCAUCAGCCUGAUAUAUCAAAGAAGGAACCGAAUUUCUGGAAUAAUCUUGGAGGUCGAGCAGAGAGAAACAAAGAGAACAAUGCACAACCUGCAAAAUGGACAUCAUACAAGAUACCCCAGAAACUUGGGCAGAGGACUGGAGUGGCUGCAGCUAGUACCUGUAUAGAGGUGUUUGUCGACGAAGAAUGUGCAGAGACGGGCAAAGGUGGAGGCAAAUCAUCAACCUUGGAGCUCAGGCAAGGCGAUGGCAAGGACCUUAAAGAGGCAACGGAGCUACUCAGAGAGAACCCGUUGCGCAAUUUCCCUCCCAACAGUCUUCCCAGGUGAUUAGACAGGCAAAAUGGGAGGCUUGUUGUAUACUAUGUAUUUAUUGGGGUCAGCUUUUACCUCUAAGGCUGAUUCAAACAUGCCAUUCAUCUUGAGAAGGAAUCUGGACAUCCACCUUUCAAUUUUUUCCCUUUUCAAUGUUUGUAAGCAAGUCGAGCUAGCACAUCUGUGCUUGCAACACAAUGUCUGUUUAUUUGGUAAGGUGAAGGAUGUUUAUGCCUCUGCAUGCUGUUGCAUUCUUGUGACUUGGACCGAUAGUUCGAAUUGGUUUAAUGCAGCUUGUUCCAUCUUUUUUCUCCCUU